AUGGCCAAGAGGCCAGUACACCAUGAAACGGUCGACAAGCGGCCAAAACGAGAGAAAGUUUCCGCAUCAGAGCCGUCGGAGCUUGAAAAGGUGGGGAUUCACCCGUUGUUGAGAGGUACGACGAAUGUCCCUACCAACUAUAAUCCAUUAAAACAGCCUCGAAAGCGAGAAGGUUUUGUUGUUAACCCAUACAUUGACCAAAAAGACAUCAGAUAUUCGCGACCGAGACGAGAGUUCCAUUUGAACGAGAAAGGCAAGUAUGUUGAGCGCGCAAACGAAAUCAGACGGCGGCUGGAGGAGGAGAAACGGGAACAGGAAGAACAAAAGGCAUUGGCUGCACAGGGACUUACGCCAGAUGAAACAACGGGUGAGCAGUAUUUUCUUCCCGUCCGGCCACCGGCAAUUGAAUGGUGGGAUCAGCCGCUUCUCAACGAGCGACGGUAUGGAGAAGAGCUAAAAGUCAAGUAUAUUGACAAAGAUGAUCUGAAAAACCCGAUAACCGAGUAUGUCCAGCAUCCUGUUCCGGUGAUGGCACCGUGGGAAAAACACUUGGCUCCGCCAAAACCAUUGUACUUGACAAAGAAGGAGAUUAAACGACUGCGGAAGAACGAACGACAGAUGAAACUGAAAGAGAAGCAAGACAGAAUGAAGCUUGGACUCGAUCCAACUCCUGCUCCUAAAGUGAAGUUGAAAAACCUGAUGAAUGUCCUGACCAACGACGCGAUCAAAAACCCGACAGAGGUGGAAAUGCGUGUGCGGCAGGAGAUAGAGGAGCGCAGACGACAGCACGAAGCAGCAAAUAUGGAGCGACACGCCAACAAGGAAGACAAAGCCUCAAAGAUGGCACGGAAGUUUGAGAAAGAUCUACAAAAAGGCUGCUUCUCUGCUGUUUUUGCGGUAGAAAGCCUCGAAAACAACCAACACAGAUAUAAGGUCAACAUCAAUGCCAAGCAGCUGGAACUGAAAGGCAUGUGUUUGAACAUGGAAAAUGGUCAAACCCUCAUUAUUGUCGAAGGUGGGGAAAGAUCAGUGAGCAAGUAUAAACGGCUCAUACUGCACCGGAUCCAAUGGGGCGUCAAAUGCGAACUAGUCUGGGAAGGCCAGCUAGUCGAUCUGCACUUUUCAAAAUGGACAAUGUAUAAUUUCUCAGACGAGGAGGAGAUCCUAGCUUUACUGGCCAAGUUCAGACUGGAAAAUUACUGGACACAAGCCAAAAAUAUCAUUGAUAGCUCCUAA